AUAAUUAUUUGAGAAAAAGUAAAAACACGCGAUAUAAUUUAAUAUUUUAAUAUUGCAUUGUAAUACGUAAUAUUUUAUAAUAUUUUAAUUUAAAGACUAAAAAUAACAAGAAUAAAAAUGAGAUCCGUAUUUGAUUCAAAUGGCACAGGCUGGAAAAAAACGAUAUCACCGUGUUUAUUUAUAUCUUUUAAUUAAAAAGUAAUUUGCUCGUGUGCAAUUAAUGUCAAGUAUCUGUCAUGUUGCGUUUCCCGCAAAUACGACUGGUCGACUUCGUGUAUCAGAUGCACUUCAAUAAAGUACAUGCACGCAAUAAUGUAUCGAUCUGAUUGAGGACGGUAUGUUGACCUCCCACUGAACUUAGGAUUUCUUUCGGUCGGCUACCCGAGUCCACUUGUCUGCCGUCGAUCAAAGAGGAAUCUUUGCGAAUUUCUCGACGAGAGAGUUUCCCUUCUCUUUGAACUCUAGAUUCUUUCGAGGACACUUUGCCGCUCAUCGUCGAAAACCGUGACUCUCGUCUUCGCCUUUCGAGAUGAUAUAUCGCCCGUAUGUGCGCCCUCGCAUCAUAAUCAGUAGCUCUGAAUUUUUCGGAGGACGUAGGCGAUCGCGUUUUCCCAGAUAUUUCGUUCACCGUUGCCACUUCUGUCUAUCUAGUCUAUCGUAUUUGAAAGAGAAGACGUUAUGUGAAUUAUAUUUCUCAUUAAUUAUGUGUCUUGCAUAUAUUGUCGUUAUUAUUUUGUUACAUCUAACAUCAUGUCUGACAAUCAUUAAUUUUCUUUUAAUAAUGCAGAAUAAACAUUUUAGUAUUAUUCAUGUUUACAUUGCCAUGUAGAUAAUUGAAUAUUUACUCGUGUCGCAGUUGGCAAAAUGCAAUAUUUUAAUUAAUAAUUAUCGUUACGAUAUAUUAAUGUUAGAUCAAAUAUCUACUGAUGUAUGUCGCUUUCGAACACGUGUAUAUUUUAAAUAUAUUUACGAACGGUUAUAAUUAGCAAAUGAAUAUUAACAGUUAUAGAUUUUUUGCUUUUUAAUGAUUAAACAUUUAUCAAAAACGUUUAAAUUCAUGCUUGUAGAUAAAGAUUAUACGAAUGUCAUCGUCUCUUUUAAUUCACGGAUACGUGAAUACUUUGAAGUCUUUGCAUAUGAUUACUUAAUCGAAGCCUUACGCUAUUGUGUGCCACCAAGUAUAUUUUUUGCAGAAUAUUCUUGCUUUGAACAGAGGGGAAAAAUAUUCCUUUUCGUGGCCGGAUAUGCCUGGAUUAUAAUCACUAUCAGCGAGGUUGGGUGUUGUGUCCCCGAGCUAUCUUUAAUAAAUUCGCUGUCGACAUAGUUCGCGAUUGUUAUUGAAAUCGAUGGUUAUUAAGGGCGGCCAUUUUAAUGCGCCCAUAUUACUUUCCAUGUAGUAACUGCACGUUGCGCGGGGCAGAGGUAGGAGGAGGUCGAAUGGUGUGAGCGUGACCGGAAUAAAACAACGCGAGAGGACACUGGCUGAGCAGGAAUUAAAAAGGUGCGCGAACGUUGGCACGAUCUCGAGGGCGAUCCUCGGUAUCCUGAUAAUAGAUAGUAAAGGAUAAUGCACGGUGAUAAAGGAUAACUUCACGGAGAGACCCUGGGAUAAUAUUCCUGAGAAGGGUUUCCUCGAUUUUUGCGGGCAUCCCGCGCGACGCGAUAAAACUGACAAGAUGACGGUCUGCGAGAUAAUUGGGAGACCCUUAAGAGACGUUUCAGUACGUUUUCCGCGUCCUUGAAAAUUGCAAGCUCGGAGAAAUUUAUGAGAAUAUUUAUUUUCAACGAGCACUGCCGCUUUUUCGAACAGUUUGACGUGCCUGCGUCGUCGAUCCCGUGAGUUUUAGUGAUAUGCCACUCGAUAUUUUGCAGCGAAAUUUUAAGUGCGAUAUCACCGAUUAAUUUCACCGUGGGACAUCCUGGACCAUCGAGAAUUAUCAACGGUGGUGCCGUACGUUCGUGAAACUCGUGAUUUGCGUCGUUCACCUCGCUACUCAUCUUUCAUGUCAAAAGUAGAACUCCGCGAAAUCCCUUCUUGGACACGUCGAUAUCAGUGCUCGUGUAACGAAGAAUAAACCAUAAAACGAGCAUCGAGGGAAGGUGCGAUCAUCACUCGGUAUGAAGGACAUGCAUUGGCUCGUUUGCACCUGCAUCCUCACGGCGACGACGGUGCUUUCUUGCCGACAAAGCGAGUUUCAGUGCGCCAAUGGACAUUGCGUCGCCCUCAACAAAGUCUGCAACGUUGAGGACGACUGCGGAGAUGGCAGCGACGAGACGCGUCCAUGCUCGCCUUGCAACAAAACGUACUACGGCGACGUGGGGAAGACGUACGAUCUGGAAUUGCAUCGACCGAAGGAAGAUAAGGUGCCUUACAUUUGCAAGCUCACCUUCAACGCGCCAGGUGACGAUUUCGGCGACAUCGUGCAGCUGACCUUCGACAGCUUCACUCUAGGCAAAUUUGUAUCGUUCACCGCGGAGGGAUGUCCCGACGGAUCCCUGCAAAUCUCGGAAGCGCAGCGUCCUGACGUCGGCGGGCUUUGGUGCGGCACGUCCUGGGGACCCGCGAUCUACUACAGCGAAACACCUAGCGUCUCGAUCAUCCUCAAGCUGCUCAGGCUCAGCAAAGAUCAGACGGGAUUCAACUUCGACUUUAGAAUGGCGUAUAAGAUGAUCAGGAAGUCCGACGCGGUGGUGCGCUACGGAAAUCCCUUCGUCGGAAUAACGCAGGUCGUCGGGACGCCGGCGUCGACCGAGCGCACGUCCGCCGAGUACGCGAACACGUCGAUGGCGAUGCCGGUGCAAAUGGUCGAGCAACACGUGCCACCUACGAAACCGAGCUCGGAGCAGUUCUUAGGGGACCUAAUAUCCGGGACUUAUUGCUCCCGCAUAUUCACCGACUGCGACCGGAAGAAGUGCAGAUUGCAGUCGCCUAACUUUCCCGGUCUCUAUCCCCGCAAUCUCACCUGUUAUUACGCGGUGAGGCAGCACGAGGUGCCGGCGGGCAAGCACGCUUUAAUACACGUAAAACAGCCCCGGGGCCAAUUGGUAGCUGUAAGAGCGCGACCAGCAACUCAGGCCGAGGCGCCACCCCGGGAGCUACGUCUUUGGCAGGAUUGCGACGUCGUUCAGGACUACGUAACGGUGUAUGACGGAUACACCACCAGGGAGCCGGUGAUCCUAAAAUUUUGUGGCGGCGGGGAGCCGGUGCCGGAGGCCAUCAGCAGCGGCCCGGAAAUCCUCGUGGAGUUUACUACCUCUCCUUAUGGCACCUUCUUACAUCCGACGCCGCCCCAUUCCCUACAUGGGUUUCAAUUAGAAGUGCAAGUCACGUUCGUGGACGCCGAAUCACCGACCUACGCUAAAAGUAAGCGUUGCGAAUUUUGGCUGAGGGGCACCGGUGGCGGUAUCCUGGCGUCGCCCCGUCACUCGCUACCGAGGAACAGCACCUGUCUGUACCAUCUUCGCGGCGCCGGUCCCACUCUGCCGAGUCCGACGCCACCGCGCCCGUUACCCAAGUUUCCAGAGCAGAGACCCGGCGCCGUGUGGAGAAGACCGGCCCCGAGACCGCCGCAGCCGCAAUUUCGCGUCUGGCUGUCUAUCCUCAAAUUCCACGUGGGAACCAGUCUGUCUACUACCGACGAGGACUGCUCGACGACGCUGAUGGUCUGGGACGGCGAGUUGAUGCCACUGUCGGAGUGCAACGACGUUGCCUGUGAAAAAGAACGUCAACGUUACGCCGAAAGAAUGGGCGAUCCGAUUCAGCCUGUUCUUGCACGUCCCUCGAGCAAUACCACAUUGCUAGCGAGAUAUUGCAAGGACAAAGUUCCGAAGACCUGCGAUCAUGCUAUUCUGCAGAAUACCAGUCGUCCGUGCUCUUUGGUAGAAAGCUUCGUCUCCUCCGGUAGCAGCCUGACUAUAGAGAUGCGCAUGAUCGAGUCGACAGCGCUCAGACCCGUAAACUUUCGCGCUAUGUACGAAUUCGUCGAUCUUCACCAGGAUGGCGAUCCAUACGGCAGUGGACCAUGUUCUCGCGUUUUCUAUAGUCGGAAUCGAGACCAUUAUUCAGAUCGUAAAUUCCAAGGACCGCGCGACAUAUUCCUAUACGGUCGUGGAGGGUCGAAGAAUAUAAGCUGCGUGUACCGCUUCGAAGGAGAACACGACGAGGUGGUGAAGCUGAGGUUCAACAAGCUCCUCAAUGGGAAUCGCACCUGCCGCAACGUUGGCAACUCCAAUUUCAAUAGGCUGCUCUGCGUCGACUCCGAGAACUUCUCGGUUAAGGUGCUCGAUUUACCCUGGCCAAAUGCGCCGCCCAUCCAACGAGAUUGUCUCUGCUCGAAUCGAUCGCUACCCAUCAAUAUCAAAUCUACCUCUAAUAUCGCCGAGGUACAUUUCACCGUUCUAUCUAUGGACGCCUUGGAUGAUUACAACACUCUCUUCUUCGAGGGCACCUGGGACUUUGUCAAGACGAUGCCUUGCAUGCAGAAACGUAGAGUCAGGGGGCCUUCCGGUGAAAUUAAAUACACGCCACCGACCGACGAUGACGAGAAAAACUGCGAAAACCAGCCGUGGCUGAUCGAUCCUGGCCCGGGACAGUAUUUAUACGUAAAAAUGGACGGAGUCAUCGUAUCGAACAGCACAAAGUGCGCGACCAAGAAUCGCAUCAUCGUGCACACGGGCGCGGCGAUUCGCGUGUCGGUGUGUCCGAAACCUGCUGACUCGAGGCACCAAGUGGUGGAGGUGUUCAGCGACGGUUGGGCCGUCAGCGGCAAAGCGAUCACGCCGGGAGAGGACCCGAUCAGGACUAUCGCUGUGGAGUUCAUCGUGAAAGAGCCAGCUACCUACACGGUCACGUGGCUGGAGCUCACUAGAAGACCGUCGGUGACGUCAACGGCGGGCCUGCAAGUGUCGCGGGACUGCGAGCAACGGUGUCCGGAGUUGGACGCGUGCAUAAACGCCUCGCUGUGGUGCGACGGGGUGUCGCACUGCCCUUCCGGUUACGACGAGGCCCUAACGCACUGUUCCGUGCUGCUGCAGCUGCCACCGCUGCAACUGGCCCUGGGCGCCCUCGUCAUACUCACCGUCAUCGUCGUCAUCUGCUGCAUCCUUUGGCGGGCCUGCCGGCGGCGGGGCCGCCGCUCGAUAUCCCAGCACCGUCUGAAGAGCAUCUCCUCCGAGACGGCGAUAAUCGACGGCAAGGAAGUGAUAUGCUGACACAGCGACAGUUCUGUGCGUUACGUCGAGGUCGACCGGGUCACCACUGUGUGACGAUCGCCGUCGUCCACGUCGUCGUCGGCACGGGUUCCGAUGGUCCUCUAUAGAUCAGCGGUCAGACUCUGCUCGGCCCUACUCUCCUGAAGAAGUCGUCGCCGGGCCGACCGCCGCCGGAGGAUCCGCGGAACUGCUGCCUCCGCGUAACGCGCAGAACUGUCGCCUGCAAGAGAUUUGGGACGCUAGGUGGGAAAAAAAUAAAAAAAACUGGAGCUCACAUCUAUAAUGGGAAAACGCGUUCGAUGCUCGAUGACUCGGGCGAGUGGGAGAACGCCUCUUCUUUUGCCGAACGAACGAACGAACGCUUUUCGUUUCCGGUCGGUUGUUCUCUGGUUGAGAGAGGUAGGUCUCGUUUUAAAUUCAGGGAAUAAUGACGGGUGAGUCGGAGGAGAGUCGGGCGAUCUGAUUACAGGGGACGUCGUGAAUUGUAAAGCAGCGACUGGAACGUGCUUAGGAUUAUAAGUUCGGUGGUUGUCUACCGUCGGAGCACAAUAGCCGCGAAGUAGAAUGUGUGAACGGCGGAUUAAUCCGGCAACGAUGAUGUAACGUUUGUGACGUAUAACUUUCCAUUGGUCAAUACGUCGCGGCACACACACACACACACACACACACACACACACACACACACACGCACACACGCACGCACGCA